AUGCAGUCCGCAUCGUUGACUGCGCUGGAGAAGAAGCAAUUAGACUGCCAGGGCAUUUGCAACAUUGCCUGGAGCUUCGCAACCUUUUCGACGGCCGGGCCACUGACGCUGGCUCUUUCGUCGGCGGCUUUGGCGCAAGCGUCUGAACUGAACCCUCAGGAUCUGACAAACCUCGCGUGGUGUCCUGCGACUUUGCAGUUGGAGGAGAACAGCUCUUGGGAAGUCCUGUCAGGUGCUGGAACGAGGCUCGCGGAAGCUGCCGCCCAGCGCUUAGCGUGGCCUUCAAGCCAAGGCAGAACCAGCACCAUGGCAUGGCUUCGGGACGACUUGCUGUCCGUGGUUCAUGCCUUUGCUAACUACAGCAAGCUGACGGAGAGUCUCUAUCGUUCCAGCUUGGAAACUCUGAAGACGGCAGCCAAGGUUCUGGACGUCGAGAAGGAAGGCGCUCUUCCGUUAGCCAUGGAUGAAAUGUCGGUGCUCUUGGAGCAAGGUGAUGUCUACGUCUUGUCGAAAGCUCCUGGUUGGAACGUGUCUGUGGGAUGGGAUGAAGUCGAUACACCCAAGGUGGUGAAGAAGUCACGUGGCAAGCACGUGCAGGACUGGCUGAUGCAAAACUUCAACACGUGGCCAGUGGUUAAUGAUGAAGCAGCACAGCACGGCAUUGUUCACCGUUUGGAUGUGAACACCUCCGGCGCCCUGCUGUGUUCCAAGACCUACUUGGGCUACCUCCUCGCGCAGCUUCAGUUUGUUGCUCGGCGCGUGCAGAAGUACUAUGUCUGCGUUUGCGCCGGUCAUUUUCCACCACAACGUCGGCUGUUGCUCGAUCUAUUGCUGGAGAGCACAGUAAGGGACGAACCUCGCAGCAUCGUGAGUGAACGAGGCCGCUACUCCAAGACGGAAGUGGUGAGCUCCGUUCAUCUCCGAGUGGAUGAGUUGACUGUGAGUUUGCUUCAGGUCCGCUUGCAUACCGGCCGUCGGCAUCAAAUCCGUGCGCAUUUGGCGCAUGAAGGGCAUCCCUUGCUCGGAGACAGCAGCUAUGGGGGACCUGAAGUCAGCUGGUGCCCGCGCGUCUUCCUGCAUGCAUCAAGGCUGGUGGUGAACAUGGAAGAAGCGGGUGGAGAGCUGGACGUCACUUGCCCGUUGCCCGAGGACUUACAGGUCGGGCUCCUCAGGAUGUGGAAGCCGCCCGAGCAGAGGUGCAGCGUUUACGUGCUGAGCUGCGAGUAUGGCAGAGCACAGGUUAACAUCACAUUGGUUACGGAUUUCUGCAUGUUUGAAUUGGAUCGGUCCGAAAGCCAGGUCGAGGCAGAUCGGAGACAUCGGAUGGACUUGGAGGAAACGGCCUGGAAGGCAGAGAGGGAUGAGCUGUCGUCCGCGCUCAAAGAACAGCGCAACAAGGCAGCUCAGAUUCUCACCCAGUUGGCGUUCAGUGCCGGUCAUGCACCGACCGUUGAGGAUACCAAGCACCUUGAAGACGAGGUGCAGCGGGCAACGGAACUCGCUUGGCGCAUGCGAAGAGAAGUGGAGCAACAGGUGGAGACUCACCGUGCACGUCAAAAAGUUCCGCAUGAAGCGGUGACAAGCGCAAAAAGGCACGACCGGCACGACCUCGAGGAGCAACAGCUCUUGCAGAAGCGAUUGGAGGUGGAGCGGGAACUCAAAGCAGCACAGGAGGCGCAGCUUGAAAGCCUUCGGGACACAGUGACGGCCGUGAGGCGACAAGUCUACCAAGCUACGCGAGAAAAUACAGAGCUGAGACAAACGUUGGCGUCCCAGCAAGAAAUCUUGCGCCAACUGCAGUCAUCCACGAUGCGUGAACCAGUGAGCUUGUGA